CAGCGAAAGGGCAGACCCAAAAAAUGGCGGGAAAAGCAGACGACACCGGAAAGCAACCGUCGCCGUCGCCUUCUCCGUCGUCGAGGGCUGAGACGAUGGAAGAAGGUUCAGAAUCGUGCUGGAGAAGAGAAGUGGAUCAAAACCUACAGAGGCUCCACUCUCUCAUGUUCGGAGCCGACCUCGCUCUCGAGAAGCGUGAUUUCUCCUCCGCACAUCUCCUCGGCCUCCGCCUCCUCGGCUUCCUGCACUCCCAUUCUCGUACUGACGAAGACGAGGCCUUCAUCAGACCGAUUCUCCAUGAGGCCUUGUCGAAGGUCGACGCCGCGAGGCACGCCCUCGUUCCUGAAUCUGACCGCCGAGCAUUUGAACUGGCGGGCAGAGCUCCAGGUCCUGUUUUUGAAAUUAAAGGGGGAAUCGACAUUGACAAAAUAAAACAAUCAAAGCAUUUUCGUGCUCUUCUUCAGCAAUUUGAUGGAAAGACAGUAAAUGAGUUGACUGAAGAUGUGGACAGACAGGACAAAUUGAGUAGCAAGACCUUGAAAGUUAUAAGAGAAUCAAAAUUGAGUCACUCAUUUGGAAAUGAUAUCUCAAGGGCAAGUAAUAGCUCUACUAAAUGCCCUAUGAACUCCAAAACUAAUGGCUCUGGUGACUGCAUUAUUCUAGGAAGUUCUCACUCACAGCAAAGCCAUCUUAAGGGUCGCCGAAUUUUUACAUCUCCAAAGGUUGAUGAGGAAGAAAGAGCUCAUGGAAACAAUCUGGGGACAAAGCGCACACAUAUGGAAAUUAGAAGCCCAGGAGAUGAUAGUACGAAGUCUUCAGUAAGCAACAUCGAAGCUGAUACUGAUGCUUCUGGAAAUGGAUUUGUAACUGCAAGAGCAAAACUGGAAAUGGAUGCAAGGCAAAGGAGAGGGUUAGCAGGAUCAGCAAGUGCUUCCAUGUCCCCACAAAGUGAUAACAAUCUCACCAAUAGAGGUUAUGGAGUGAAAUCAUAUGGUUUUGCACGCCGUGGUGGCAUCCGUGGUAAUUUUGUUCCCCCUAUCAGAUCUAAUGGGGGCAAUGUGGGUAAUAUGACUUCACGAGCUGGAGGGAAGUCUGACGAUGCAUUAGAUGACUCAACAAAAAGAUGUUUGGAAAUGUUAUGUGGUCCUGAUGGCGAGCUUCCCGAAAAAUUGAGGAACUUGGAGCCUCGUUUGAUUGAGCAUGUCAGUAAUGAGAUUAUGGAGCGGGAUCCCAAUGUUCGGUGGAAUGAUAUUGCUGGUCUGGAGCAUGCAAAAAAAUGUGUGACUGAGAUGGUUAUAUGGCCUUUAUUACGUCCUGACAUAUUUAAAGGUUGUCGAUCUCCAGGAAAAGGUCUUCUUCUCUUUGGUCCUCCAGGAACAGGUAAAACAAUGAUUGGGAAAGCUAUAGCUGGAGAAGCUAAAGCAACAUUUUUCUACAUAUCUGCUAGUUCAUUAACAAGCAAGUGGAUUGGUGAGGGUGAAAAGCUAGUGAGGGCUCUCUUUGGAGUUGCCAGUUGCCGUCAGCCUGCUGUAAUAUUUGUUGAUGAAAUAGACUCACUUCUGUCUCAGCGCAAGUCAGAAGGUGAACAUGAAUCGAGUAGGAGACUUAAAACACAAUUCCUUAUUGAAAUGGAAGGUUUUGACAGUGGAACUGAGCAAAUUCUACUUAUAGGUGCAACAAAUAGACCUCAAGAGCUUGACGAAGCAGCAAGGAGGCGUCUCACCAAGCGACUCUAUAUCCCCCUCCCUUCUGCAGAAGCAAGAGCAUGGAUCAUUCGUAAUCUCUUAGAAAAGGAUGGAUUAUUUAAGCUUUCGCAAGAGGAUACUAAUGCCAUAUGCAAGUUGACUGAAGGGUAUUCAGGAUCAGACAUGAAAAACUUGGUAAAGGAUGCUUCUAUGGGUCCACUGAGAGAGGCUCUAACACAGGGUAUAGAUAUUACGAUGCUGAAAAAGGAGGAUAUGAGGCCAGUAACCUUUCAGGACUUCAAGAAUGCGCUGCAUGAGGUUCGGCCCUCUGUUUCUUUGAAUGAACUCAGUACGUAUGAGGAUUGGAACAAACAAUUUGGAAGUAUAUCACUCUAGGAACCAAUUUGAUUAUUGUAGAAUGAACAUAAGAUUUAGUUUUCAAGCACCCUUCUUGUUAUCAGUGAAUUUAAGUUGACUUUCCCAUUGUGAAAUUGUGUUAUUUAACCCCCGUGUCAUUCCCCACUUAUGGCCUUGCAAUAAUAAUAAUUAGAUCUUUUGCUUUC